AUGUGGGAAAAGCAAGUGUUUGUGCUUAUCGCUUUUUUACUUAUAUUACAAGUUGGCAACAAUAAUGCUCAACAGCAAUUCAAUCGCUUUAAUAGCGGCACUUCCGGGGCCCUUACAUCGGCAACAACAACAAAUCAUCAGCUUAAACGCGGCAGCAUCAGCAGCCACAAAGGCCAGGCGGAGCAUUUAGAGCUUGAGCUCGAUACCUGGCAACCGUUGACGCAACAUAACAAUUGGUUCAUCCUGCGAGCAACGGCGGCAAGUGGCAGCAACUCAUUGCAGCAACGUCAGCUUAAGAAACAACAGUCGCAGCCGCAACAGCAACAGCAGCAGGAGCAACGACUUCCUGUCAAUUACUACGCCCACAAUCAUCGCUAUAAUCAAAGCAAUGCUGGCGACGGAAAUUACAAACAGGUGCGGGCAACAGAGUCGUAUGAUGAGCCCAACAACUACGUCCUGGCCAUAAGCCAGGCCAUGAGACGCGGCGAGAUGUUGACACACCGUCAAUUGCCUCCAUUACAAAAUCGACAGCAACAACAAAAACAAACCCAACGACAUUGGUUGCCUGAUGAAGCCUAUGUGCACAGCCAAGCUGAGCCGGAAGCGCGUGAUGUUGCAGACGCAGCGCCAGCAAUGCCCCUGAUGGCUGAUGGGCCCGUAAGCGAUGCGACAGCAGCUACUAAAGCUAUUGACACAACAGCUGCGCAAGAUGCCGAUACUGAUUCUGAAGCUGAAGCAGAGGCUGAUGAGGCAACUCUCGCACUUGACGCCUAUCUAGCGCCAUUCGAGCGGGCGCUUGUGAAAGUGCGCAACUUUUGCGACAUCGUAAGCAACAUCAUUAGCGACGAGGACGACAAUAACAAUGAAGAGUGGGAGCAACAUCAUUUACAGACGACAGCAACGCCAUCAAGGACGACGACAGGAGUCGACCCAAAUAAAUUGGCGCACACAACAUCAAAGGAAGUUCAAGGUCGUCAAAGUCGAGUCCAUGCAGUGCUCAUGUCAGGGCCAUUCAGCACCAGCACUUCCAGCAGCAACAACGCCCAUGGCCGAGCCAUCGUCAGCACGAGUCGCAAGUUGAAAAAGUUGAAAAAGAAAUUACAAAAGCUACUGCUGCCGUUGCUCAUUGCAUACAAGUUAAAAUUUUUAACACUUAUACCGGUACUCAUUGGCGGGCUGACUUUAUUGGUGGGCACCACAGGCCUGGCGGGCUUCUUCUUCGCCCUCUUCACCGCUGUCAUGAGUCUUAAGUCGGCUACGGGCCAUCGUAGUAAAUCGCUAGUGCUUAAGAAAAUCUAA